UUUCAUAAAUAAUGUAGAGAGCAUCAGCAGGUCCCGACGGGGGCUUAUAUUGCAUUGCUCUCAGUGUUGCUAAUGAUAGUGAGACAGCAGGCAUAGGCACAGUGCCGAUCGGAGCGCGUCCCGGAUCACACAGACGACCCGCAGUCGGAGGCGCACAGGCGCGCACGGAAGGACAUCUCCGCUUCGGCGUGUUUUUAUGGGACACCGGACCGCAGAGAAUAGGGGAAGGCGGGCCGUCCAAGAGCGAGAGGAAAUUGCAGGGUCGGAUAAGUAGGGUCCAGUUUGUCUUUCUCCAUCUCUCUCCAUCAGCUCGCUCUCGACAUGGAGCCGAACAGUCCUAAGAAGAUCCAGUUUGCCGUUCCGCUCUUUCAGAGCCAGCUGGAUCCCCAAGCAGCUGAGCAUAUUCGAAAGCGCAGACCAACUCCAGCCACACUGGUGAUCUACAACGAGCCCAGUGUUUCAGGAGACGACAGGCAGACUUCAGGCAGUCAGAUGGAGACCCCGAACGCCCAGCUGUCUCCCGCCCAGAGAAAACAGAGCGUUUACACACCACCUACCAUGAGAGAGCUGCAGCUGGUGGUGGAGCAGCACUUUCAGAGGCAGGAGCAGCAGGAGGCGGGGCUCUCUGACAGCCCAGACACGCCCAGUCCAAUCACAGCGCAGCAUUAUGCCAACGCAGCUCAGUGGGCCAAUCACAGCAGUUCAGAGCCCAAUGGCAAUGAGUCUUAUGUCAGUUCUGAGGGGCAGCCAGGGAGCAGUGGGGCUGGGGGUAGAGAGCACAGUGAUAACCAGCAAGAGGAGAGAGAGAGCCACCAUCCGCCCAGACUCUCUCAAAAACAGCUCGACACGCUGUCAGAAGAACCUGGAGACAUGUUGCCCCGACGUAAAGAUACACCCUACCAGCACCAGCCGCCCUUCAUACCAGGAGUGAAGUUGCUGAAAAACCAGACGGAUUCUUCCUCACCUUUCCAAGAGGACGAGGAGACCGGUGAUGAACUAAAAGACAGUUUGAGGGAGUAACGCUGUGUGAUAGAUUAUACAGCGAGGUGACGUCAUUCAUAGUAUUGUGUUCAGGAGCUAUUUUAGUUACACCUUGUUACGAUUUUUGAAGUAACAUGUUUUUUGAAGUAACAUGUUUUUUGAAGUAACAUGAAUGUUGGAAUUGUUUGCAGGUGAAAUGUCUCUACAGUAAAUGCAGUUAUUUCACUCCAAAAUGAUGUGGGCUACAAAGGUGUGAGACCGCACGAAAAAACACUUCUCCCCUUUAAACCUGAAAAAAUAUGUUAAUGAUUAUGCCAUUUUAAAAAAGUUUCAAUGUGAUAAUCUGAUACGGAUAAAGCUUGUGAUAUUGGCCAUGUUUCAUAGUCACAUUUUCAGCCUCAGCUCAAUUUGUCAGUAAAGCAAAAAGCUAAAUACAAGUACUAAAACACUUUUCAAUUCAACUUUUUACUUUAAUUGUUAUACUGAUAAUAUAAUAUUGUAUUAAAGUAGUCAAAUGAGUUUUCUCCAGUGGUCUCAGACUUUUUGUUCCCGCUCUUUAUUAUUAUUUCAUAUUUACUCUGAUUCUGUUGAUGUAUUUCAUCGCGUUUUGGAUCGUCAGUGUUUUCUAUGAACUUAGUUUAUUGUACAUAAAUAAUGAUACAAAUACAUACGAUCACAAAACCAUUGUUUUAGCAUCAUUUCACGAGUUCGCAUUAACAUGUAAUCUGAUAAAAUAAAGCAUAUUUGGUGGAGGGCUCUGAGCUCGGAAUUUUGGCCCGAGCCCUUUUACUGGGAUAGAUGCCAGUAGAGAGUGAGGCGAUGGGGUGGAGGAGGGAUGCUGCAAAAAUUGUCACGAGAUAGAGGCGAGGGACAGCUUUAUAUAGCAGCAUCUCUGCGCUGAUUGGUUGGAUUACAUUAUCAUGCUCCUCGUGAACUUGGUUAAAUAAACUUCAUAUAAAAGAAUUGCGAAGCCAAUCACAUCCUUCGAGUGAAAAGAGCUUGAAGCUUUGUUAAAACCUCUCACAAAAGCAAUAUUUUUGUAGUUAUCUUAUGGCUGUGUGUUACAUAUGCAGACGUGACUCUGAAGUCCCACAUGGCUGUUGUACAGCUGACAGUCUUUCACGAGUUCAUGAAAUGUGGGCAUCAUACAUAGCGUUAAAACAUGUUACAUAUUCACAUGAUAAAUGUUACUUUGGAUCCUCUGUGACAUUCACCCAUUUUUUAAUAAUCAUCAGUCAAGACACUGUGUUUUUAAAAGGUCACAGUGAAUUUUGGGGCAGAUCUAGAGCUCUUUAAAACACACAUUGUGGUCACAGACAGAAAAAAAACUUUUUUGUUGUUGUUUAUCUGUGCAUUAAAUAUUUCACCCCAAAAUCAAAAGAAUAACAAGAUCAAUGCUUAUUUUUUGGACCAUAACACGUUUAUUGUUAUGUUUGCCAUUUAAUGCUACGCUUUAAAAAUAUAUAUUUAC